AUGGAAAAAGUUUUCUUUUUUUCUGGUACUGACAAUAGAAACUACCAUCUCUCUGUAACGACGCCUUUUGAUUUGGAUUGGUCGUCAUUGCCAAAGAAGUUAAAAACUUGUUUGUUUGUUGGAGACCGAGGCUUUGGUGUUGGCUCGAGAAUAAAAGGCCAUAGAGGAUACGGAGGAGAGUAG